AUGUAUCGUCUAGCUUGCAAGCUCGGCCUUGAUGACCUCAAAGACCACGCGUCUAAAUCGAUAUGCUCAAAGGUCACGAAGUACAACGUUGUUGAGGAAGUGUUUUCCAUGUUCACAUCCCGAUAUCCUGCUAUACGAGCCAUGGAGCUACGCAUUUUAAUCGAAAAUGUGAACUCUCCAGAAGUUACAUCGGCGUUACUUCCUAAAUUCAGUAGUAUCGCGAGAGGCGAUCUUCCUCACUGCGCGGAAGUAUUGACAAGAAUCGUCUUGGAACUGGCUGAUGAAAAAGCCUCUGAAGUCUGA